UGGCUGACACUGACAGUUUGAAUUGACUUGACAAUCGUCAUCAAACAACAUAGAUCUGUCACAAUCACAGCACAAGUGUUGUUUUUAUAGCAUUGUUACCAAAAUAAAGUAUGCCAAUACUAUGACUAAGAAAAAGAUUUUUAAACAAAUCAGAAAUAAUUCGGUCUAAAAUUAAAAUAACAAAUAAAACUACAAGAUGUCAGAGAAAGACAAAUCCAAAUCGGGUGGUCAAGCUAAGCACAUUCCCAAAGAUGCCCAAGUCAUCAUGUCCAUCAUGAAGGAAGUAGGUAUCACUGACUAUGAACCGAGAGUCGUGAACCAGCUCCUAGAAUUCACAUACCGCUACGUUACAUCAGUAUUAGAUGAUGCAAGGAUAUUUGCAAACCACGCAAAAAAGAAAACUAUAGAUCUUGAUGAUGUGAGACUGUCAGCUCAAAUGCAAUUGGACAAGUCCUUCACGAAUCCCCCGCCCCGUGAAGUGCUACUGGAGAUCGCGAGGGUCAAGAAUGUUAAUCCUUUGCCGUUGAUAAAGCCGCAUUGCGGGUUAAGACUGCCUCCGGAUCGUUACUGCCUGUCAUCCUGUAAUUACAAACUGAAACCAGCAACCAAGAAAGUGAUCACAAAAACUACGAUAACCCCUUCCCCGUCCAUAAAAACGGUCACCACAUCCAAAGCACCUCAACAGACAGUUGUUAUGAAGAGACCACCGGGAGCAAUUGUGAAUGUGGGCACCCCAAAAACCAGUCUCGGAACAAAACCUGUACUGAAAUUUUCAUCAAGCAGUAAAGUAGUAAAACCAGCUGUAAGAGUGACAGCUGGUCCUUCCUCACAGGCUCCUAUCAAGAUGGAGACAGACGAGCCAAUGAGCCACAAACGGAAAAGAGAAGACGACGAUUAUGAUCUAUAAAUAAUUAAUAGGAUCACGAUCUUUCUGCCUGGAAUCAACAUUUUGAUAUUAAAAAGUAUCAUGUGUUUAA